GCAAAAAAUAACAUAACAGUUGAGGAAAGAAAGAAAGACCAUUUGUAUUGAAUCCAUGAACAUCAGAUUGUAAAAUGUCACAGCAGCAUCUUUACAACAGCAGUAGUAGCAGUAAUGUUAACAGUAAUGUUGGGAAUUUUAAUCUUCCUGUGAGUGAAGUUUAUUGGUCUUUGGUGGCAAAAGCUGAUAAGAAGUUUUCCAAGAUCAGGGAUUUGCCUUAUUACCAACGUAAUAGGUAUGAUACUUAUUUCUCUAAAGUUUUCAAGAUUUACACCCAAUUGUGGAAGUUUCAACAAGAGAACCGGCAGAAGCUGGUGGAAGCAGGUCUAAAGAGAUGGGAGAUUGGGGAUAUUGCUUCACGGAUUGGCCAGCUUUAUUUUGGGCAGUAUAUGAGAACAAGCGAGGCUAGUUAUUUGUCUGAAUCAUAUAUAUUUUAUGAGGCAAUACUAACGAGGGAGUAUUUCAAGGAUGGAAUGUUCCAAGAAAUUAACAUCGCAUUCAAGCAGUUGAGAUUUCUUGCUCGGUUUUUGACUGUUUGUUUGGUGUUGAGUCGGCGAGAUGUGGUGUAUCAGUUAGUGAAUCAAUUCAAGAUGCUACUUGAUGAUUGCAAGAGGACAUACCAGGAAACUGACUUUAAAGAAUGGAAGCUGGUGGUUCAGGAAAUAGUUAAAUUUCUAAAAGCUGACACAGCUUUUAUGAAUUUGAGGCCUUUGAGAUAUAGUGUGGUACUGGAUCUCCAUCCAGAUUCCAUACCAAAUGCUGCUGAGGCAAAGAGAAAGCUAAAACUGAAAGAUGCAUUAUUGUGCAGCUACCAUCCUAAUGAGGUCAAAUUUUCAGAACUCACACUUGACACUUUCAGAAUGCUACAGUGCCUGGAGUGGGAGCCUAGCGGUUCAUUUUACCAGACAGGUGCUGCUCCUCCAAGUGGUAAUAGCAUUGGCCAGAAUGGGGCUCCAGGACACAGUCACAUCAACUAUUCCCAGGAUAUAACUGAUCCUAUGUUGCCACCAAAUCCAAGAAAAGCAAUCUUAUAUCGUCCUUCUGUUACACAUUUCGUUGCUGUAUUAUCCACAAUCUGCGAGGAGCUUCCUCCUGAUGGGGUUUUCUUAAUAUACAUGUCAGCUUCAGGUGACAAAGGGAUCAGUGGGCAAAGUUUGUCAUCUUCAUCCCAUGCUGAAAAUGACCGAUCAAAUCCUACUUCUGUUCACAGUGAUGUGGGCUGCUUAGAUAACCGCACUGGUUGUUUAAAUAUUGGUGGGCGUGGAAGUGGAGGUUCAAAUUGCAUCUAUCCUUGUGAUUUAAUUCCAUUUACAAGAACGCCACUCUUCCUAAUAGUUGACAGUGACAUUAGCAGAGCAUUCAAGGCUAUACAUGGAGCUGAAAAAGGAGAGCCAGUUGCCAUGCUCCUGUCACCCACUGCCUCAUUGCCUAUAUCAGUUGUUGACUCUUCUCGCCAGCCUGGUGGAAGUCCAUUCACCAAUUUCCUGACAGCUCCUCUGCAGGCUUUUAUUCUUAUGCUUGGUUUUACCAGCUCUGAUAUUGAGACGGAUUUGUAUAAUAAAGCUGAGAAGUUGCUUUCCUCAUCGUUAAAUGAGUGGGGAUCACUACUGGCUGCAUCAGACAAUCUUAAUCCUGUUUGGGCUCAAAUUUUGGCUGAUCCAUUCAUUAGACUCCUCCUCCUGAGAUUCAUAUUUUGUCGGGCAGUGCUCGGCCUGUAUACUCGAACAUCCAUAAAGAUUGAGUUUCUCCCUGAAUGUGUCCCUAGCCUUCCAGAUACAUUCCUGCCAAUGACUGCUACAUGUCAAACAACAGUUCUGCAACUAGCUGAUAUUUUUGGUGCAACAAACAGGUUCAUCAAUUCAGAAGGAAUAGUACUUCCUGAAAGCAGAGACUCUGAGGAUUAAAAUUCGUCCUCAUAAGCUUCAGUUUUGUGCCAAAAGAAUGUAGAUCAUCAUAAACCCAUGGUUCUUAUUUAUUUUCUUCUAUUCUUAAAAUCCCUCCUCCAAUCUGUAGCAGAUCAAUGAACAAUGCUACUUGUUUUCAGGAGCAAGGGGGGGGGGGGGAAAGAAGAAGAAGCUUGGAAUGGCUUGUUUUGAGUGGCUGGGAUGGUUUGUUUAACUUGUAUGACUUGAGCCCUGUUUGAUUUCUAGCUGAGUGCUUGUAUAAGGUUGAUUCAGCUGGAUCAAGUUCAAGAAUAUAUGUAACUAGGGGGUGCAUUUUUAUGAUUUGGAAAAGAUGAAUUUGGCAAUUUGAACUUGCUAAGGUAUUGAUUUUAUGUAAAAGGAAGUUUUUGACAAUGUUUAAAGCAUAUGUUAGUGUAAAAAUGGAAUACAUUUUGUGGUUCAA